AUGAAUCGUGGUAGAACUUUCUACGAUGUUUGCUGGAGCCCAAAGGAUACUUCGAAGUUCUUGACUGCAAACUUCGAAGAAAUUCGACUGUAUGACGUCAUCACGUUAUCGCCGGACGGCAAAGUCGUGCCGGGCGCAUCGAGGCUGUCGGAGAGCACUGCUGCCAAACUCAUAUGGAAAACAUCGGACAUAAAAGGAAUCAGAUGCAUCGAUUGGUUCACCAAACCUUCCUACAAAGGGACCCUGCUGGCUGUGGGCUGCGAGAAUGGCGAGGUUGCCCUGUCUGGUUACGGAACGGAUGAGCAUUCUAUUAGAGGACUGACGCUGAAUGCGAAGCCGAGCACUCAUUUGGUUCGACCGUGCAAUGACGUCCGCUGGUCGACUAAAGAUCUGAAGCUCGCCUGCGCUUUCGAGAGAUCGAGGGGGGAGGCUUCCGUUCAAGUCUUCGAUCUCGAAACGAUCCGGAAGGACGACCUAGGAUCACAAGACACGAUUCGUUUCAGUAAGCCCAUGGUGUCAUUCGGACACCAAGACGCCGCGCAGUCCGUGUGCUUCACUCCCGAAUCUUCGAACUACUCCUCGGCGCUUGUAUGUGGGACAACAGCGAGAAAGAUCCGCGUUUUCGACAUACGAGAACCGUCAACGACAACGGUGUCCGGGAACACGGCCGCUAUAUACGGCCUGACCUUCGAUCCAUACAACGCUGAUAGAUUGGCAUCUCAUGGAACCGAUCUGAUCUGCAUUUGGGAUCUCCGCAAUUUGAACACCCCCAUGAUUCAGAUCCGAGAUCAGAGCAAUAUUUCGAAGCUGCGUUGGUGUCCGAAUCGAUCGAAUCAAUUGACAGCCAUUCAAUAUGAAUGCAACUCGCUAUCCUUGUUCAUUGUGCGGGACAUGUACCUCAGUCGGGAUAUGGUGUCGGACGAUUAUUACGAUCAUACCGUCAUUCGUCACCUCCAGCCUCGCAGUCAGCUGAAUCUCAGGUCGUUCUCGUGGCAUCCCGAGGCCGAGAAUCGAAUGCUGAUCUAUGACAGCGGGGACGAGAUCACGGACUACACAAUCAUCGAUCAGAUAACAUUGAAUUGGUCGCCCGUCUCGGAGAUCAUAUGGACCCACGGAAAGAAAAUUGUGCAUCGUCUUCACGAAGCGGACGCCCUGUAUAAAACUAUCGACCCUCUCGCGGCGAGAGUGCGGAAACGAGCCAAGAGUGGCUUCGGUUGCGUGAAAAAUGCCACGAACAUCUGCCUCGAUUCGUCCCUUAUCGACGAUGACCCGCCGCUGCUGAACUUGCAUUGCUGGUUGAAAGAACUCGAAUCUUCGGAGAAUACUGGGCCUCGCCUGCUAACCGGGGUUUACUAUCUCCUCGAGAAUAUUUCGGAGUCCACCUCACACUCCGGCAAACUCGCUCUCGAUAACUCUCCUAAUAAUGUCAAGUAUCUGUCUUACUACGAUCAUCCAGCACGGCGAAAAGUCAUGGCGCUCUUACAAGCUAUCGAUCACAGAGGCGAAGAAGAUUGGGCUCAGAAAGCGGUCGCGGCUCUGUUCCAACUCGACAUGCGGAAAGUCAUGGAAUACCUGGAGAUGCCUUCGAAAAACGACCAGGACUUGAACUCCGCCCUCGUGGCCCUUGCGAUAUCUGGAUACAGUGAGCAGAAAGGCUCAACAUGGCGCGAAAUGUGUGCCACUCUGAAACCUCAUAUACGCAAUCCUUACCUAGCGGCCAUCUUCGCCUUCCUAAUGUCUACAAGCGAUGACUAUAAUCAGGUGCUGAACACAUCCAUAGCGGUACAAGACAAGAUUAUGUUCGCCUGUAGAUUUCUGAGCGAUCUGAAACUACAGCGCUUCAUCAAGGAGCAGACUCAGGAGUACGUUCGCGCAGGGAAAAUAGAAGGUAUUCUGUUGACGGGACUGCACACCACUUCGGACAGGAUCAACACGCAUCUGCUCGAUCUGCUACAAAACUUCGUCGACCGUACCGCGGACGUUCAAGCCGCGUCGGCAAUCGCAGUGGUGACUCGAAAUCCUCAGAUCAUCGGGCAUGAGCUAACUCAACGUUGGAUCGAAUGUUAUCGGGGACUGCUGAAUCAGUGGAGGCUGUGGACGGAGAGGGCGCUCUUCGAUUGCGCGAUGGCUCCGCCGAUGGGCCGGAGCGUACCACCCCAAAUUCGGGUCCAUUGUAACUACUGCCGGAAGCCCAUCUCCGCUCCUAAUGAAACUCGAGGAAGGCAAGCUUUCCGACCGGCGCCGCCAGUGCAAAGGAUAACCAGCUGUCCCAGCUGUAGGAAGCCUCUGCCCCGAUGCGCGAUGUGUCUAACGAACAUGGGAACGCCGAUAUCUCGACCGAAUCGAGAUUUGAAGGAGACUAGAGAUGCCGAUGCCGUCCUGCAUCAGACGGAAACGAGUCAAUUCGGACGGUGGUUCACGUGGUGUCAGAGCUGUAUGCACGGGGGGCAUACUCAGCACAUGGCUCAUUGGUUUGAGAAACACGAGAAAUGUCCGGUGACCGGAUGUCAAUGCAAGUGCGCUUCGAUCGACGUGUCGGUCAGUCAUCAUCUCCAGAGCUUCCAGAAGCCAGCUGCUUGA